AUGGCACCCCAAAUCAAAUCUCAGGAAGCAGCCUUCCGCCAAUCACGUCAGCAGCGGCCCGCGGCUCCCAAGACCAGAGUGCCCGAAGCCAGAAACACGGCGACGGGCAACAAGGUCUCGAAGAACAAGUCCCGGAACGAGAGGAGGAAGGCGGCGAGGAAGACGGCUGCGCUGUUGAAGGCGCAGGGGCUGGCGACGGGGGGCAAGAAGAGCGAGGAGGAGAAGGAAAGUGCGAGAAAAGAGAAUGAGGAUGAGAAGCUGGUGGAGGACAGCGACGAGGAGAUUGAAGAUUAUCUCCCUGACAAAGAUCCCGAUGAGAGCUUUCCCGAGGCUUUUUCUGGCUUGAACAAUCAAACGAUGUCGUUCGGAACGUCGGUUGGCGACAUCAUCGUCCUCACCCAGCUCGCGCACAAGAAUUAUCGCAAUUGCAAGCAGGCCGGCGGCGAGUACUUGGAGAUCGCCAGCGAGGUGCGAAGUCUCCAUAGCGUCUUGCGAACCGUCCGAGAUGAAGCAAAGCGCAGAGACUCCCUGAUAUUCAAUUCCGGGCCGGAGAUAACGAAGGAGCUCACCAAUAUCGCUGAUGGGUGCAAGGGAGUCCUGGAAGGCAUCGAUGCGCUUCUCACCAAGUAUCGUGGACUAGCACCUGGGAAUAUAGAGUUCGGCAAAGCAGCCAAGCUGUGGCAGCGGUGGAAAUUUGGAACCGAGAUUGAGGAUCUAGGCAAGUUGCGAUGGAAGAUCAUCACCUACACUUCUUCACUUGCGGUGUUGGUCGACUCGAUUCAUAUGAAAGCUACUGAGCGUGUCGGGGACACUGCAGGACGUAUCGAAAGCCAGGUGGGAACUGGAUUUGCAGAGGUGCAAAACCGCCUGGAAGGGUUUGAAGACAUGAGGAAAGCGAUAUUAUUCAUUGCGACUAGAGCUCGUGCAUCAGAGCGUUUCCAGGCAAUGGAAUCAGUCUUAUCCCUGUCAACGUAUGCGGGUGAUGACAAGGAGGUUUGGCGGCAGUUCAGGUCGCAGCUUGUCUCCUUGGGCUUCCGGAGCGAUUCGCUUGAUCGUCAUAUGGAGGUUCUGAAAGCUUACAUGAUGAAGCUGGACCAGACUGGGGUUUUGGACGAGGCUGUCAAGCAAAACGCUUCGGAGGCGCAAUCUUGGUGCGGUAAUGCAUCCUUUCGGACAACAAAUCUAUCUUUACUUGGAACUGGUGAGCUGGAAGAGCUGGUUGACGGAGAUGACAUUGCCCUACUGGACAGCCAGCCAGCAGCAAUGACCUCUGGACUUCCUCCCGCUAGGAUAGAAUCGGUCAUGGAUGCAACUCAUACUGCAUCGAUAUCACCAGUAAUCCCAGAGCCAUCCACGCGAAAAAGUCGGCGAAUACCCCGUAUCAAAGUCGACCAGCCCGUUGUUGCUGCACCAGAGCCCAGUGACGAACAAACUCAGGAUCCUACCACCCCUCAAGUCUCCCAGACUAGAUCACCUGUCCACACUACACCAACCGAGGCUGGCGGGGCUCAAAUCUCAAGCUCGGGUGAAGGUCUCGGAGCUGAAAUCGAUUCUGGUGUCGAUUUUGCAAACCCCCGAAAACUACAUCCGUAUGCUGAGUCGUACCACUCUGUAUCUGAGGCUGCCACGAGCCAGUCUACUUUGAUUAGAGAAGCAUCUGAUCUUAUGCAACCAGCUUCAGUACAGAAGGAAUCGAGGCCUCCGAACUCUGAUCGACCGUCAAGUUGGGCUGGGCCUGAAAGAGGAAAAAACAAAGUGUCAGCAAUGUAUCGAUACCAGAAACAGACGUCGAAGUCAGCUGGGGACUCCGAUAUGGAUUCAGACGAUACAAUUGGGAGGCCAAGAAAAGUAUCGACAGCGCGCAGAGAAGCUGAUCGUCGCCCAGAUGGAGGCAAAAAGAAAGUCGACGACUGGUUGAAGUUGCCAAAUCAGCAGACAGCACAGGGUCGGCGGAGAAGAACUCGAGAGAAAGAUCCGGCCACUCAUACUAAGCAGGAGCCGAUUUCUAGGAGCAGCGAAGAGCUGAGGAAUAGCCACAGCUUGGGGGUAGGCCUUGGGUCACCACCAAGCCCCAGGAGAGACAUGGACUUUGUCUUGCCCAACCGUCCAGGCCUCCAAUCAGCGGAACGGGACUUCGUAACCAAGAGAGUGGAAGACUGGGGGGCCUACGAUCCUCAGCCACAAGACUCGUACAUAAAGCACAGAACCCGGAGACCGAGGAAUGAAGGUGGCCCGUCAAAAACCAACCUCGUUUCUUUGGCGGCCGCCGGCCUCGGUGCACUUACUGCGAAGAGAUUCCUAAGAAAUAUGGCCGAAAAUGACCGUGGCUCCCGAAGGCGCGGCGACAGCUCCGACGACGAAUCCGAAGAGGAGGCUGACGCGGGUUCUCCACGCUGGCGAAGCAACGCGAACGCCUCGGGGCCCAGGAAGGGGAGGAGACCAGCGUCACGAUCACCGAAUGGGACUCGCUCUUCUCGACGCCGAAGCAGUCAUCCUGAACGUCCCGAAGAAGACUCUUCGGGGAACAGCGGAAGCGGACUAGACGGCGGCGCAUCCCGGUCGCGGCGGCGGCGCAACAGUUCAGAAGUCAGCCACGCGAUUCCUCCUACUUCUCCUACUUCUCCUACUUCUCCUACUCCUCCGAGCCAGCUCUAG